AUGAUCGUCCGCGGACACGAAAUAUUCUCCCCCAUCCCCCUGGUUGGGGAACUGAUCAGCGCCGCCGUGGUGAUGGGCAUUCUGGCCGGCUACGAGCAUUACAUCGACCGCGCAAAUGCCUCGAACAACGGCCGAAUCGUCUACUCUCUUGUGAUAGCAUUUCUUACCCUCUUUUCGAUAAUCCUAUUGAUCCCAUUCCACGCCUCCUUCUACUUCUUCGGGCUGGACUUUAUUUUCUUCGUCUGCUGGAUGGUUGCGUUCGGCUUAAUGGCCAAUCUGACUGUCUCCCACGUAUGCAAUUCGACCUGGAUCUGGCAUGACUGGGGCUAUUACUAG